CCGCCGUCGCCUUCCCAACGCCGAGCGCGCACCGCGCACCCGCCAUCUUGCUUUCCGCGGCCGCCGGAGCCGAGCGGGCCUGCUGGCGAUGGUUCAUAGAAUCAAAGAAAUCAUUUGAGGAGCGGGAUUGCCCCUCUUUGACUGCCAGGGGUUAUGGCAGGGGGAAGAAGGGGACCUAAUCGGACAUCCUAUUGCCGCAAUCCUCUCUGUGAAACUGGAGCUCCUGGUAGUGCCAGCCAUUCCACAACUUCUUCGGUCACUAGUGUGCGUUCACGUACCAGGAGCGGUUCAGGGACGGGUCUUUCCAGCCCUCCUUUGGCAACCCAGACAGUGAUUCCCCUCCAGCACUGCAAGAUCCCAGAGCUUCCCAUUGAGAGGAGCAUCUUGUUUGAACUCCAGCUCUUCUUCUGCCAUCUUAUUGCUCUCUUUGUCCACUACAUAAACAUCUACAAGACAGUGUGGUGGUACCCACCCUCUCACCCUCCCUCCCACACUUCAUUGAAUUUUCAUCUCAUUGACUUCAAUGUCCUGGCAGUGACCACCAUCGUUCUGGCAAGGAGACUGAUCAUUGCCAUUGUGAAGGAAGUGAAAGAGGCUUCUCAUACUGGCAAGGUCUCCUUGCCACGCUCCAUCUUCCUGGUCACCAUGCGCUUUGCUGUCCUCACUGGGGCAGGUUGGAGCCUGUGUCAGUCGAUAAUUCACCUCUUCAGAUCAUACUCGUUCCUCAACCUCUUGUUCCUGUGUUACCCGUUUGGCAUGUACAUCCCCUUCCUGCAGCUGAACUGCGAUUUCCGCAAGACCGGCCUCUUCUCCCCUGUGGCCAGCAUUGGCCCUCGCGACACAGGGGAUGCUGGCUUGAGGGGGAAGGACUACCUCUCGGUCCUCAAGGAGACCUGGAAGCAGCACACGCGGCAGCUCUACAGCAUGGAGACCAUGCCCACCCACGCCUGCUGCCUCUCCCCAGAUCUGAUCCGCAGCGAAGUGGAGUACCUGAAGGUGGAUUUCAACUGGCGCAUGAAGGAGGUGCUGCUGAGCUCCAUGCUCAGUGCCUAUUAUGUGGCCUUUGUCCCGGUGUGGUUUGUGAAGAGCACUCAGUAUUACGACAAGCAGUGGUCCUGUGAGUUGUUCCUCUUGGUCUCCAUCAGCACAUCUGUCAUCCUCAUGCAGCACCUGCUGCCUGCCCGCUACUGCGACCUCCUGCAUAAGGCCGCGGCGCAUCUGGGCUGCUGGCAGAAGGUCGAUCCAUCCCUUUGCUCCAACGUGCUACAGCAUCAAUGGACAGAGGAAUGUCUGUGGCCGCAGGGGGUGCUGGUGAAACACAGCAAAAACGUCUACAAAGCGGUGGGCCACUCCAAUGUGGCGGUGCCUUCAGACGUUUCCCACUUCCGCUUUCACUUCUUUUUCAGCAAGCCUCUGCGGAUCCUGAACAUCCUGCUUCUCCUCGAGGGGGCCGUCAUCUUCUACCAGCUCUACUCGCUGAUUGUCUCAGAGAAGUGGCACCAGACCAUCUCGCUGGCCCUGAUCCUCUUCAGCAACUACUAUGCUUUCUUCAAACUCCUACGGGACCGCCUGGUGCUGGGGAAAGCUUACUCCUACUCUGCCACCAGAGAGACUGAUCUGAAGCUGAACUGAGGGCAACACACAGAAGGUAAUGGAGAGAAGCACCCCCAAGCAUUGUUGAGGGCCACCCGAGACUGGAUUUAGUGGCCCCUCCGCUGCCUGUACCGCCCUGCAGGAGAAGCGUUGCCUCACUGGGUCGUGGAGCAUGCCAGAGCCGGGGCUUGAGAAUCAUGCGGUCAGGCCGGCCCUGAGCUUUGUAUGUCUUUUUUACCAUUUCUUUUGGUUUGGUUUUGCUUUGGUAAGGAAAAUAUCUUAUUUUUAUACUCUCA